AUGGCUUCAAGCGAGGUUUCUACAUCGACUGAAAAGCCACUGCUCAAGGCCUGCCCCCAUAACGGCUCCCAGAAGAGGACUCAACCAUCUAGUUCACCAGAGUGCUCGCCAGAACUUUUAUCCUCCCUGGCUUCCCGUCGUUGCGAGGCGCCGGCACCCGUGCGCAUGAAGUUGGGCAACGAGGACGAAUUUUAUGCUGACACCGCAUACUCAAAUGACUCCGAACAACUCUUUGGUGGUUCUCAGGAGCAGCUAGAGGACGGUUUUUGCGUUGCUGAUGCGGCUGAAGGAUCAGUCUUGACUGCUGAGACUCUCCACGCGAAUAUUAAUGGCUUUCCUGUCAAAAAGCGUGAGGCCUCAAAACGUCCUCUUUCGCCUGGCGAAAACGUCACCGCUGCUGCUGUUGAAGUCUAUAUGAAUGGUGACGGACCCAAUGGAACCUCAGAACCGCCAGCCCUCCCAGUGUCCAACGGCCAGCAGAUGGAGACAACCAAUGAGAGCGCCAGCACCACGCAGGAGGAACCGGCGCAAACCAACCUCCGUGAAUUGUUGGAGUAUGGUCGAGCCUUACGCGUCCUGGCACAAGAUCUCAGAGCUGGCGGGCUGAUUAGCUUCUCACAACUGUCCCUCAUGGAGUGGGUCUUUUGGCUUAAUCAUUUGACGCCUUGUGAUUGCUUCCUUCCUGUAUGCGACUCCAAGAGGUGCGAGAAGGCGACCGACGACCUCCGAGACAUAUUUGUUGUACGGAAUCCCCCGCUCAAAUUUGCUCAUCUUGGAAAAUCCGGGUUUCCCCUCCUUGAAACUGGCAUCAGUAUCCUUGAACAGACCGUGAUGGGGGCAAAACCUGCCGCAAAGUGUCUCAACAAACUGAUCGAUGCCCGCCCGACCAUCCAACCUUCAUUCUCGUCUUCCGAGACCCUGACACCCCUGCAGCCCGCCUCAUCGUCAGCUCCAACCGCUCUACGGACCACCGCCACUCAGCAGUACUUGCAUCCUAUUCGGCACUCACACCGUCGAUCCCACCACCACAGCACCGGUACCAGUACAACCCUAGUUAUUACUAGCACCUCUACAGCGGGUUCCCAAAGCACUGGUGCUGGUGGUGGUAGU